UGAGACAAAUUACAUCAGGCCUUGAGCAACUUUGCCUUUUCUUCAUAAAGUGAACAAAGAAUGUCAAAAACAUGUGAGUGCAUGCUGCAACCUUUGGUUUGAUGUCUCCAGACCUGUGUGGGAAAGACGCAAGCUGUUGAAACACUCACAUCACCUUAAGCAAGGUCGUGGUUUGGACACAUGACCUGGCACAUUAAGCCAUAAAAGCCUGUUUUUGGCCCUGCCACUUUCACACUGCUGGUCAGGAUGAGGGGGCUGCUCGCAUUCGCCGCGCUGUUUGUGGCCGUUCUCGGCAAGGAAACGUUUGAGGGGCAUCAAGUGCUGCGCAUUAUUCCAAGGGAUGAUGUCCAGCUGUCUCUCAUCAAGGACCUGGAAGACAGGAUCGAGUUCGAGCUGGACUUCUGGAUGGGUGUGACUACAGUGGCCGCUCCUGUGGACGUGAGAGUUCCCUUCCACAGCCUGCAGUCCAUCAAAAUUUACCUGGAGACUCAGGACAUCGAGUACUCCAUCAUGAUUGAAGACCUGCAGAUGAUGCUGGAUGAGGAGCAGGAGGAGAUGGACUCUGCUGCUCGUGUCGCUGAGGCCAGGAACACCGACAACUUUGACUUCUCCACGUACCACACCCUCUCCGAGAUCUACAGCUUCCAGGACAUGCUGGUGGCUGAGAAUCCCACCCUGGUCAGCAAGAUGGUGAUUGGUCAGAGCUACGAGGGCCGUCCCCUGAAUGUGCUCAAGUUCAGCACUGGUGGAACCAACCGUCCCGCCAUCUGGAUCGACACUGGAAUCCACUCCAGAGAGUGGGUCACUCAGGCCAGCGGCACCUGGUUUGCCAAAAAGAUUGUGACUGAUUAUGGAACUGACCCUGCUUUGACCGCCAUCCUCAAUGAGAUGGACAUCUACCUGGAGAUUGUGACCAACCCUGAUGGCUUCUUCUACACCCAUAACAGCAAUAGAAUGUGGCGUAAGACCAGGAAGCCCAACCCCGGCUCCAGCUGUGUUGGAGUCGAUCCUAACAGGAACUGGGAUGCUGGUUUUGGAGGACCUGGUGCCAGCAACAGGCCCUGCUCAGAGACCUACCAUGGGCCCAGGGCUCACUCUGAGUCUGAGGUCAAGUCCAUUGUGGACUUUGUGAAGUCCCAUGGCAACUUCAAGGCCUUCAUCUCCAUCCAUUCCUACUCCCAGAUGCUCCUGUAUCCUUAUGGCUACACCAGGACUCCAGUCAAGGACCAGCCUGAGCUGCACGCUCUGGCCAAGAAGGCUAUCACUGACCUGGCUUCCCUGUAUGGUACUUCGUACAGAUACGGCAGCAUCAUCAGCACUAUCUACCAAGCCAGUGGCGGCACCAUUGACUGGACCUACAACCAGGGCAUCAAGUACUCUUACACCUUUGAGCUGAGGGAUACCGGUCGGUACGGCUUCCUCCUGCCAGCCAACCAGAUCAUCCCCACCGCCAAGGAGACUUGGCUGGCUCUGAUGGCCAUCAUGGAUCACACCUUCAAAAACCCAUACUAAAGACAUGUGUGUGUGUAAGUGGAGAAGCCCUUGCUGGCAAAUGUCACUUUUAAAAAUGUCACCUUCAAGACUAAUAUUAUCACCAUCGUCAUCCUCAUCAUACACCAUGACUCGUUGGAUAGUAUGAAAACCACAAACAGAUAAAUAAAUGAACACACUGGAAAA